AUGUAACUUGUGCUGAAUCUACACAGCCAGAUCGAAAUUGUGAAGCAAAGAGUAAGAAGGAACAGAUCAAGAUGUGGUUCAGCCCAAGAAGCAGGAAGAUUAGAUGCACCCUGAACAAGAGAGAGCCAGUAACUAAAAGCAAUAAUGUUUGUGAAGAUCCAUCUUCAGCUUAUCACUUCUUUCCUUCUCCUCCUCAUGAGAAGCCUCCUAAGCAGGCCAAAAAGCCAACACAUAGAAUGAGUAAGAGGAUGAAGAAGAAACGUCUAGCAGACAUCAACAAAGUGUGGGGCUUCCAGAAGCUUGAGCAGAAAGAAGUUGAGCAGAUUUCCAGUAGGGAAAAGCAUGUGACGAUUUGCAGCCAACCAGUAAACCUAUGUACCCCAGAACCAAAUAGCCCUGAGGAGACACUUCAGCAAGAUUCCAGAGAAAAUAUGGAAAAUAUGGGAAUAUCCCCACAGGCAAGAUCCUCAGAGAAAAAAGAUAGCAAUGCAGAUGUGUGUCCUGCACAAGACAGCAAGGAAGAGGUUUGUGUUCCAGAGAAACCACUAUCAGUAGAAAAUGAAGCUACUCCUUUAAAACGUGGAAGGGAGCAGGUCAGAUUUCCAGUCACUUCUCAGUCUAAAAGACCGAGAAGAUCUGAGAGGAUCGUUAGUAGGAGUUCAGGCAGUCAAGAGUCUUGCUUGGAGGACCUGCCUCAGGGCUCUCCCAUCUCCCCGCUGGCUGAAAGCCGAAGUCCAGUUCAUGUUUGUUCUUCUGCAUCAAAACGCCCUGUGGACACCCUAAUGAAGACAAGAAGCUCUGCACUCUCCCAAGAGAUAAACAGUCCUACACUUUCAAAAGUUCCCUCUACUCCAUCUACUUCUAAGACUUGUAGUCAGAUAGGAGUACCACCCAGUCCUUCUGUGUUGAAGUCUCCUGGUAAUAACAUGAUCACCAGAAGAAAUUACAAAGGGGAGACUUUGCUCCACGUUGCUUCCAUCAAGGGUGAUUUAGCAGCUGUUGAACAGCUACUAAAAAAUGGAGCUGAUCCUAAUGUCAAAGACAAUGCUGGUUGGACACCGCUGCACGAGGCAUGUAACCAUGGGCACAAGGAGGUGGUGGAGCUGUUGCUACAGCACAGAGCACUGGUGAAUACUACUGGCUAUCAGAAUGACUCCCCACUUCAUGAUGCUGCCAAGAACGGGCACGUGAGCGUGGUCGAACUGCUGCUUUUGCAUGGGGCAUCCCGCGAUGCAGUUAAUAUAUUCGGUUUGCGGCCUGUGGACUAUGCAGAAAGUGAAAAGAUGAAGUCUGUGCUACAGUUACCAAUGAGGAAAGCAUCACUUCCACUUAACCAACCCACUGAGCCUAUGAGCCCUAGCCAGCCAAGGGAGGGCCCUCUUGGUAUUCUUGGGAGCAGUCUUAGUUCAGCGCAGCAGAAACUGCUGAGUAAGCUAGCAACAACUCUGAAGGCUCGAAGAUGUACUGAAUUUAACAGCACAGUAACUCAUCUUGUUGUCCCUGAUGCUCCAAUGCCAAGCACUGUCAAAUGCAUGAUGGCUGUUCUGACUGGAUGCUGGGUUCUCAAGUUUGAAUGGGUACGAGCCUGUCUGCAAACCCAGGUGCGAGAACAAGAAGAGAAGUAUGAAAUCCAAGGUGGCCCACAAAGAGGCCGGCUCAACAGGGAACAGCUGCUGCCAAAGUUAUUUGAUGGAUGCUACUUCUAUUUUUUGGGAUCUUUCACCCGUCCCCAGAAGAGUGAUCUUUCAGAGCUGGCCAAAGCAGCAGGAGGACAAAUUCUGGUUCGGCAGCCGAAACCAGAGAGCGAUGUGACGCAGACCAUCAACACGGUGGCGUAUCAUGCAGAGCCCGCUUCUGACCAGCGGUUCUGCACGCAGUACGUCAUCUAUGAUGCAGCUUCUAAAUUCAAGCCAGAGAAAAUUCGUCAGGGUAAGGUGUGGAUGGCCCCCUCCAGCUGGCUUAUAGACUGUGUGAUGUCGUUUCAGCUGCUGCCAGUAAAGUGAUUAUCCCUGUAUCAUG